AUGAACCAAUUAUAAAAUAGGAAAGAUUCAGAGAAUUCUGAUCUAGAUGAGCCAUUAAUUAAAAAAUAACCUGCGGCUCCAGCCCAGACUGUUCCUAACCCGGCUGAAGAGCACCUUCUUAUUUACAUGGAUGGCAGAAUAUCUCCUGAAACAUAUUCACCAAAUGUCAUUAACAAUUAAAAGUAUACAGUACAAAACUUUAUUCCCAAAGUUUUGUAUAACUAGUUCAAGUACUUCUUCAAUUUAUUCUUUUUACUGAUUGCACUUUCUCAAUUCAUUCCUCAGUUUAAAGUCGGUUUUCUCUUUUCCUAUGUUGCACCAUUAGUUAUGGUACUCACAUUUACUAUGUGCAACGAAGCUUACGAUGACUAUAAGAGAUACAUAAGAGAUACCGAAUAAAAUACUUAAAAGUAUAAUGUAAGAAGGGAUGGAAGCUCUUAUGAAAUCAAUGCAAGUGAGCUCAAGCCUGGAGAUUUAGUUGAGGUUAGAGCCAACUAAAGAGUACCUGCAGAUUUGGUUUUAAUUUGUACUUCUGAAGAAGAUGGUACAGUUUUCAUCAGAACAGAUUAAUUAGAUGGUGAAACUGAUUGGAAAUUAAGAAAAUCAAUUAAAUAUACAUAGAAACGUAAAAACUAUGAUUUAUAAAAGUUAAAUGGUUGCGUUCGUGCAGAUAUUCCCAGAAUAGAUAUUUACAAGUUCUUUGGUUUAUUCAAAUCCACUGAUACUGACUCUGAAAAUAAAGAUGAGUACCGUGAACCUCUCUCUCUUGAAAACACACUCUGGGCUAAUACUUAUGUUGCUGCUGGUGAAGUUGUUGGUUUGGUUGUUUAUACAGGUAAAGAUACUCGUUCUGUCAUGAAUACCAGAGAAUCUAGAUAUAAAUUUGGUUUGGUUGACUAUGAACUUAAUGGCUUGACUAAAACUUGUUUCGGAUUAAUGUGUUUGCUUGCCUUUAUGAUCAUUCUUGCUAAAGGAUUUGGUCCUAAUUGGUUCAUUCAAUAUUUCCGUUUCGUUCUAUUACUUUCUAGUAUUAUUCCUAUUUCCUUACGUGUUAAUUUGGAUGCUGCUAAAAUUAUUUUUUCUUAUAAGAUCAACAACGAUCCUUAAAUCCCAGGUACUAUCACUCGUAAUUCUUAAAUUCCUGAAGAAUUGGGAAGAGUUUAGUAUAUUUUAUCUGAUAAAACUGGCACUUUAACUUAAAAUGAUAUGAUUUUCCGUAAACUCUGCUUAGAAAGUACCUUAUUUACUGAUAAAAAUCUUAAGAAAUUAUCUAAUAUAGUUAAGAAGUAAUGCUAUGUAGUAAAUGGUCCUUGUUCUGACGUUGCAGAAAAAGUUAAAGCAGAUUAACAAUCUGGUAAUCGUCGUCGUAUGUAUCGUCGUGAUCGUGAAUUAGUUGUUAGAGAUAUCAUAACAGCUUUAGCCGUUUGCCAUAAUGUUACUCCAGUUAUUGAUUAAGGAUAGAAAGUUUAUCAAGCUUCAUCUCCAGAUGAGGUUGCUUUGGUAAAAAUAGCUGAAGAUCUUAAAAUGGAAUUGGUUAAACGUGACUAGUCAAAAAUUGUAAUCAAAAAUGCAAAGGGAGAUGAGGAAACUUUUUUAGUUUUGGCAAAUUUCCCUUUCACAAGUGAGUCAAAGCGUAUGGGUAUUAUUCUCAGACAUUAAUCAACUAAUAGGGUCAUUUUUUACUUGAAGGGUGCUGAUUCUAUAAUGAAAAGUAGAGUACCUGAAGUUUAAAGAGGUUUCUUAUUAGAUGAGUGUGAAAAUCUUGCUAGAGAAGGUCUUCGUACUUUAGUCAUCACUCAAAAGUAUUUAACUGAAGAAGAGUAUUAAGAAUGGAGUAGAAAGUACUAAGAAGCACAAAGUAACGAUAAUUUCGGUAACAGAGAAGAAAAAAUUCGUGAAGUUGUUGAUUAACUUGAAUUAAAUAUGGAAUUCUUGGGUAUCACUGGUGUUGAAGAUAAGUUAUAAGAAGAUGUAGCUACAACAAUUUCAAGUUUAAGAAGAGGUGGUAUCAAUGUAUGGAUGCUUACAGGUGAUAAGGUUGAAACUGCUACUUGUAUUGCUAUAUCUACUGGAUUAAAGAGUAUCACUGAAGAUAUUUUUAUCAUAAGAGAUGUUGAAGAUGAAAUGAUUUUAACUCAAAAGCUUAAUGAAUACGGAAAAAAGAAUGCUGUCCUUGUUAUCGAUGGUGUCUCUUUAUAAACUGCCCUCACUCAUAGAGAAAAAUUAUUCUUCGAGGUAGCUACUAGUGCUCCAAGUGUUGUUUGUUGUAGAUGCUCUCCCACUUAAAAAGCAGUAGUUACCGAUGGUAUUAAGAAUCACACAAACAAAAUUACAUUAGCUAUAGGUGAUGGUGGCAACGAUGUUGGUAUGAUUUAAAGCGCUCACGUUGGUAUUGGUAUUGUAGGCAAAGAAGGAAAAUAAGCUGCUCUUGCUUCAGAUUACUCAAUUUUGAAAUUUAAAUAUCUUGCCAAAUUACUUUUGUUCCAUGGUAGACUUAAUUACAAGAGAACUGCAGUUAUGAGUCAAUUCGUUAUUCACAGAGGUACUAUUAUUUCAAUCAUGUAGACAAUAUUUAACUGUAUCUUUUACUUUGUCCCUAUUCCUUUGUACAAUGGUUUCUUGAUGCUUGGUUAUACUACUGUUUAUACUUUACUUCCUGUAUUUUGCCUUCUUUUGGAUCAAGAUGUUAAUCCUAAGGCUGCUUUGGAGUAUCCUGAGCUGUACAAAACAUUGCAAAGUGGUAGAGAUUUAAAUCUUAAAACUUUCUUGAUGUGGGUCUUUAAGAGUAUCUAUUAAGGAAUGAUCAUCAUGGCUCUUGCCUUCACACUUUUUGAUAAUAGUUAUUUCCAUAUUGUUACAAUUACAUUCUCUACAUUGGUAUUAUGUGAAAUUCUAAAUGUCCAUUCUGAGCUUAAUAGAAUCACUUGGAUGACAGUUCUUUUCACUAUUGGAACAAUUGCCUUUUACGUUUUAUCAGUUUAUUUCAUAAAUGAAUACUUAGAUAUGAAGGCUAUCAAUAUUGAUUUUGCUAUAAAUAUUGUAAUCAUAUCUGCUAUUUGCUGGCUACCAUUCUGGGCUGUAAAGAAAUACUAUAGUAUGGUUUAACCUGAUGACUAUUAGACUAUCAUGAAGCUUGUAAGAAAAUAAGAAGCUGAAGAAAAAAUCUUUGGUGAAAAUGUUAACGAUGAAAUGAGACCCUUAGAAGACUUUGGUCCUGCUAAGGAUUAGUCUUGA